AUGGACUUCAUCAGUACCCACCACCACGAUACCUACCCCUUCAUCGCCCAGUCCACGCACCACAACCACAAAGUCCUCAUCACCGGCGCCUCCCGCGGCAUCGGCCUUGCAACCGCGCACUCUUUCGCUCGAGCCGGCGCCUCAUCCAUCGCCAUCGCCGCCCGAGGGCCCCUUGACGCCGUGGAGUCCGCCCUCCUCUCCACCGCCAAAGAAGCAGGCCACCCGCCGCCAACAAUCCUCAAACUAGCCCUUGACGUCGCAGACGAGGCCAACGUAGCCGCUGCUGCUGCCGAAGUCGCCUCUAAAUUCGGACACCUCGAUAUCCUGAUUAACAAUGCCGGGACGUCGGAGAGGUGGGUCCCCAUCGCGGAAAGCGACCCGGCGGACUGGUGGGGAUGCUGGGAGGUAAACGUCAAGGGCGUGUAUCUGGUCAUGCGGGAGUUCAUCCCGCUUCUGCGGAAGGGGACUGAGAAGACGAUUGUGAAUGUGAGCUCGAUCGGGGCGCUGCUUGUGCGGCCGGGGGCGUCAGCGUAUCAGACGGGGAAGUUUGCUCUGCUGCGGUUGACGGAGUUCGUGAUGACUGAGUAUGGCGGUGAGGGGAUGUUGGCGUAUGCGAUUCAUCCUGGUGGUGUGCCGACGGAGCUGGCGAUGGGGAUCAAGGCGUUGCAGGGGUUUCUCACGGACACGGCGGAGCUGGCGGGGGAUGCGAUGAGUUGGUUGACGCAAGAGAGGAGGGAGUGGUUGGGUGGGAGGUAUGUGAGUGUUACGUGGGAUAUGGAGGAGUUGUUGCAGAAGAGGGAAGAGAUUGUCCGGGAGGAUAAAUUGAAGAUGCGGUUGACUGUGUAG